AUGACGGAGCACGAAGUCCGGAUCUGCACCGACUCUCAGUCCUUCGUUGGAGCGCUCCUUUCCGGCCCGCAGCGAAGACAGGACGCCACAAGCAAACACUGGAUCCCGGGACACUGUGAACUCUACGGGAACGAGGCAGCUGAUAAGGCAGCCAGAGAAGGCGCCAUAGCGGACGGCCAAUACGACAUUGCCAUAGACUUCAACACCGCGAAGGCAGUGAUUAAGCGGAAGGUCGAGCAAUACUGGAAGCGCUCCAUCGACCAUCCGUUCAUGGAGCACAAGCGAAGAGCUUCGUACAUUGGCCAGUCAAAUCUUACGGUUGCAGAAGAACGCAUCCUCAGUCAACUUCGUUGCGGUGGACACUGCCCGAUCCUGCAGAAGUAUCUCCACUUCAUCCAAGUCGCAGAAGACGACACGUGCCAGAUGUGCCGGAGGGAGCCAGAAACGGCAGAACAUUGCCUACUCCGUUGCCCGGCUACAGAAGUGGUGCGGCACCAGAUAUUCGGACGUAACGUCAACUUAAGUGCGCUGUGGGAGCGCCCAGAAGACGUGAUCAAAUUCCUUCGGAGAACCGGACGUCUCGACGCCCGGCAGCACUAA